AUGGCAGGAAUUCCUGUAGUUUACAAAAUACACUUAGUAAUGAUAAUAUGACAAGUUAUAUUAUUAAUAGAGGAAGAGAAGGGAACACAGACAAUACUAACAAUGAUAACAAUGAAAAUCAACAACUCGAGAAUGACUUAUCUGAUGAUGCCAAUGAUUUAUUUGAACCUAACCUUACAUCUUUAGUUCAUUAUAAUGAAAGAGAUUUAG